AUGGAAGGAGGUAUAGCUAUGGUGGUUCUCCCAACAUGACCCUUAAGAACCAGUUCGACACGACCAUUACCAUCGAGCACAUCCAAGAUGUGCCUUCCAACAGCGGAUAUUUAUUUGCGAAAUUGAAGCUGUCAAACGGGAAAUUCCGGGGUCAGACAGCUACGAAAAAGAUUGUAAAUCACAAGGUAGACUGGCACGAGACAUUUGAACUGCAGUGUUCAAUUAGGAGCGAUAAUGGCCGGUUAACAGACAAGAAUCUUACUAUUUCAGUCAGAAAGGAAGUAAACGGUGGAAAAGAUUCUGAAAAGUUGGGAUAUUUCGACAUAAACCUAGCGGAGCGAGCCUCCUACAAUACUCCUUGUCAAGGCCGGUACAUCCUCAAAGUGAACAAAAAGUCUAAAGGUCUCGCUGGAAACUCUAUCGUAGUGGUAACAACCUCGAUGGUACGCGUGAUGGGAGAUCCCAUCUUCAAAACGGCUGCAGAUAACCAGAUAAAGUCGUUAGCACAAGAUAAUAUCGUGGAUAUCAAUCUGGCGGAGGGUGCGGGGGCUUCCUCGGAUGGAGAUGAAAGUGAGAUUGCCUCAACAGGGUUUGUUUCAGUUGCCUCAAUAGGGUCGAGUAGCAGAGGUCUCACGAAAAGUCCUGCACACAGUCUAGACUGUGUUCCUACCGCAGACUCCCCUCCGGACACGAAUGAUCCUAACUUCACGACGCAAAGUUUAGACAGACGACAUAGAGGGAAGCAGCCCAGCUCGGUUCUUAUCAAGAAUCUUCGAGCAAAAAGCGCCAGUGGCAGCAUUAGUAGUGUUAGCUUACAAGAGUCCUUCAAACCAAACCUUGCUGGAGCAUCAGAACAGGGGCUAGCAGUCAGAAAACAUCAGCCUCAAUCGAGACAGGACUCAGGUUUAGGCGGGUCAAACGAAGAACACAUAGCCACCUAACUCCUCGCUUCCUCCACAAAUCUCUGUAACGCGCGGCUCCUCUUUCUGGCUCUGUUGUGACGGGUGACACUACGGAGACCAGCUGUCUGUUGUGAUCGGCCGUUUCAGACUUAUUUCCACUUCCUGUACUAUUAAUUUGGCUGGUUCAAAUUCAUAAUUCAAAUGAUCUGGCUACUGUAAUAAUGACUCGUCAUGCUUUUCGUGAUCGGUUGUAAUGUGAUGUCUCUCAAUUUAUCCUCGGACUUAAAAACAAGGUGCUUCUCACCGAUUCCGGACUAUCAGUUACGAUAUGUCAUCCUCUGUUACUGCAUUGUAUGUGUGGUAUGCAAUUAGUCUACUGUUUUGAUCACAAUUCGAAGAUAUUUACUGAAGAUGUUGCAAAAAGCCUCAAUAUUAAGUCACGUGUUGUACUGGUGUUGGAACCGGAUUCGUGUCACUCUCUUGCGUCACUGCGCGGCGCUUGUUACCAUGGUUACUCUUGCGUCACUGCGCGGCGCUUGUUACGUCCGCCCCAUGAGCGCAAACUCGACGUGAUUUCUGCGAGGCACCCAAGGAUAACAGCUCAACUUCUUAAAUUUUGUGGAAAUGUUUAUGCUUUAUGAGAAAUUUAUAAAAUUGAUAGACCAAUAUAUAUGAUAUUGCAUGUUACAUGCUUUUACUUAAACUUUGUUAACUUUAAUUUGAAAAAGAUAUCAGUGCUGUGUAGUUACGUUUUUUCCCUGUUUUUGUUAUUGAGCUGUUAACGAAGAGUAACGAAAGAGUUACCAUAGUUACCACUAGUGACCACUAGUUACCACUAGUUACCACUAGUUACCAUUAACUGUUCUAACCCUCUCACACUCGGCUUAUAAAAUGACUUAUAAAAUAUUUCCUAUAAAUCUCAAAUUUAAUAAGCUAUAUAAUAACUACUUACUACCCACACAUACGUGGGCAUUCACUGUGAAACAUGUGCAACAGAAUUAUUGCAGUGCUCGUUUCCGAAUACAGCAUAUAAUACCACUAAACUGACAGGAUUGUAACCAUGCCAUUCAUCUCUCUUUAAUAAUGCAGUACUGUUACAAGCGGUCAAAGAAAUUAGUCAUUAACAAUAACAUAACUUCCAGAAAAUAUAGGGUUUUCUAAAUUAUGAUAUUACUGAAGCAGUAACCUAUAUGUUAAAGUUAAACAAGCAUUUAAUUGAUAUUAAAG